CUCGCGUCCUGCAACAUCCUCAUACCUCGCUUUUGCACUUAGGGGGUCGAGGAGGGUGUGGGGAAGGUGUCUGGUGUUUUUUUUGGGAAGGAUGCUGUGAGGGUUUGUUGGGAAAUAUCGAGGCCUGAAGAUUAAGAUGGGGACGCCCAGGCACAGCAUCAAUUCAACUCGGUUGUCCAUGGACAUUGCUGACCUGCCACUCACCCCCUUUGGCAUGAGCCCCCAUGGGUCCUCCAGGAGAAGACGUAUCUUUGCAAGCCAGAAAUCAAACAAGCUCUCCCUAAAGACCGCAAAGUCUCCAGAUAAAAAGCAGCAUCCAGCUACAUGUGCCGAAAAGGAAAACCAAAUCACGGGAGAUUUACACCGAAAUAGAAAUGUCCAGCUCCCUGGAAACUACAGCCGCUACAAUCAAGUCAGCCUGGGGACAGUGAAUGAGAAAAGUUUAACGCAGCAAACAGACUCAGAAGGGGAUGAUGAUAUUUUGUAUGAUGAUCCAGAGAAUACAGUUAACUUUCAAGUGUUGCACACAAGUACACUCCACAGUCCAAAUCAAGGAAGUAAAGCAUUGUUACGAGAGCCAGUCAGAAAGGGUGACAAUUCUAAUGUAACUGUGAGAAGGAGAAAUAGAAAAGAGGAAUGCAAGGAACCAAGCAUCAGGAGAGACAGCAUUUACACAGACAUUGAUGAUGGCAGUUUUGUUGAAUACUUCUGUGGUAAAGAAAAUGGUUAUGUAGCUCCUAAAGUGGAGAAGAUUCCUCAUCUAUAUUAUACUUGUCAAAGCCAAAAUGAGACACAGUUUUCAACUUCCACAAAAGUUAAUAGUGCACCUGUUGGUUUUAGGAAAUUUGUUGAGAAGGUUAGGACUCACAGACCUCUGAAAAAUAUUGUGGAGGAAGAUGUUGAAACUUGUAGUCCAAAUGAAAAAAAUAGUCAUUUCUUGUGUGACGAGUCCAUAAUUACUGGAAGUGCAGAUAUUAUGAGAAGCACUAAGAAAAAAACAAAUAAUAAGGCCCUCAACAGCACAACAGUUGGCGGGCCAGCAAAUCAAGUUCGGGAGAGUCUCAUGCCAGGUCUGUCUGACGUGUCAUCCCUCACACUCAGGACAGAUAGAAUACUAGGUUCCGACUCUAAUAAUUCCACUCCUUGUACGUCUCCCAGAUAUGUGCAAAAUAAAAGGACUGAAACUGUCAAGACCAUAGUUAUAUCAGAAAGCUCAGAAGAAGAAGAAAUACACAUAGAGCACAGAGUGACCAAGCACAGAGGAAAUAAUGUACAUGUCAUAAAUGCUCAGACAAAUCAGGUUCAAAAGGAACCAGAGAUUGUGUCUUCUCAGGAAGAAUUCCAUUCCUUCAUCAGUGAGGAUGUUAGUAUUGUUAGCAGUGUCCUGCCAGUAAGAAAAUAUCAACAACCUGUGCAGACCGUGAAAGCCUCACCAAAAGUGUUAAGAUAUGAAUAUAAAGAAGCAUCAAGAAAUUUAGAAACUACAUCUAAUUCAGAGCACAUAUCAGAGUCAGAUGAUGAUGAUGAGAUUCAGGUACCUGUCCUCCCACAAAGGCAGUAUAGAAAGUAUUGUGAUGAAGGAAAUCGGAGAGAUUCUGAUGGUUCAAGAGUUGGUUCUCCUGGAAAACCCAAGGCAAUAAUCCCUGACGUUGCUUCUCCCACAGUGGCUGGAUGGAUAAUAUCAAGUCCAUUUAAGGACAGCUCCUUUGGUACAAGCUUCCUCAAGCAAAGAAAUGAUCCUGAUGUAGGCAGGUCUGUCAGUCAGAAAGUUGUAGAGGCUUCAAUGUCUGAUGACUCUGGAUCAUGUGAAAUAUCACAAAGGUUAAACUUGUUGCAUGAAGUUGGAAGUCCUAGGGCCCUUGUGAGGAGGAAAAUCAGUAGUGUUAGCAGAAAUGAAAGCUCUUCAGGUCCAGUGCAAAAGGAAAGUUGUAAUUCUGAUAGUGAAGAUAGUGAUAAUAUUUUUCAGAGAAGAUCAAAAGCCCCUGCAAGAGUCAUUUGCACAGAAUCCGAAGAAUCCUCAGAUGAGAGGGAAAUAGACCGGAGUAAAGAGGAUUCACGGAUGUCUCGUAAUGAAAAUCAUGUCUUUAUUAAAUCAAAGAGUCAGAAAGAUAAUGAAUUGAGUGCCGGAGAAUCGUUUCACCUGCGGCUUUCUGAAGAACUUUGUAGAACUAAUCGAAUAUCAGAAAAAUCAGUUCACACAGUUGGGAAAGAUGCCACUUCUCCAAAGGUCUUCAGAAGCCCAGUAGUACAGUCAGACAAUGAAGACUCCAUUAAUUUAUAUCAGAGAAAAGAUAGAAAUGUGAAGAAUAUCAUAAUAUCUGACAGUGAAAGUUCAAAUAGUGAUGGUAUAUAUGAAGGAGAUGAAGAUGAGCAUCCAUCGUUUGUGUCCCUGCCAGACCUAGAGGAUAACAAAAGGACAGAACAAAACUUGAGUGCAGAUGUUUUACCUGAAAGCCCAGUUAGAUCCGAUGUGUCAGAUAAAAGCAACAAUGCUGAGAGUGUCAGUCCAAAAGCUACAAGGCCUACAAAUGCAACUAGUACUUUGUUGAACUUGAAAACUGUCCAAGAUGAACUUGACAAACUAUAUAGUUCAGAGUGGAGAAAAAAUGAAAGUGCCUUUUUGGGUAGCAUAAAAAAGAAAACUCAACAACAUUGCAAAGAUGGUGAGAGAAUAAAUGCCAGCUUAACUGAGGAUGAAAGUCCCAUUAAAAGAAAAACAAAAAAGGCACAUGCUGUAAUUGUAACAAGUGAUGAAAGUGAGGAAGAAGAUAGCCUCUUGUAUCAGGUGGAAGAGUCAUCGGGUGAGGAGGAGGAAGAGGAGGAAAGUGACGAGGAGAACAAUAGCAUAGACAAUGUUUCAUACGAUUCACCAAAAAGUGCCAGACAGAAAGUGGAAGAGUCUUACGUACCUAGUAGUCCAGACUUAGGAGAUAGCAGUGGAGAAGAUGAUAGUUUUGAGGAGUACCUCAAAAAUGUUAAAAAGCAAAUUGCCAAAGAUAAGAAAGUGAUACACACUAAUGAAGAUCAAGAUAGGUAUGAGGACAGUUUUAUAAAUGAUGAUGAUGAAUGUGAAGAUGAUGUUAGCUUUUAUUUACCAUCUCUUUUGGAGAGGACAAACAAAAAAAUCAAUGGAGGUUACAGUGUCGACGUAAAGAGCCGUGGAAGUAUUUCUGAAGAACUUAAAUCAAAGAGGAAAACUUCUCAGGAAUCAAAGGAGGAAGGCAAGGCAGAUGAUCCCAAAGGCUCCAUCAGAUCCACCAAAAAAAAGGUAACCAUAAAAGCAUCCACAAGUUCUUCUUCAUGGCGAGACUCCCCAACAAUCACUCUCUCAUCAGACUCUGAAUCUGAUGAGGUUUUUUCUCUUGAUGAAGUGAAAAGGCCUGUUCCAACACUGUAUCCUCUGGUGACCCCCAAGAGCAGAGGCAGAGGAAGGCCAAAGGCACUGCCUAAGACUGAGGGCCACAAUCGACAGGUUUCUAAGGUGAGAGAGAUUAAUAAUGGUCUCAAUUCUACUCCAACUUUAUCAUUCCUCGCAUCGCUGUCCAAGCAUGUUAAUCUUGACCGCUGCCAUCCGGAAGCUCUCCUAUAUACCAAAAAUUUCAAGAAGAGCAAAGAACAGCUUGCAGAAAAACUCUACACUUUUUAUAAUACUCAUGCUUUUGAAAAUAAACUCCCUGCCACAAUGAGCAUCAAGUGGAAUGCCAGAAUGACCAAAACAGCUGGCUUUUGCUACUAUCAGAUUGAUCGCUCCAAGCCGAAUGGCCGAGGAGCCAGGAUUGAACUCUCCACAAAGGUUAUCGAUGCUGCAGAAAGACUGAGAGAUACCCUAAUACAUGAACUGUGCCAUGCAGCCGCCUGGAUCAUCUCUGGGUACAAAGACGGCCAUGGUCCUCUUUGGAAAGCUUGGGCAGCAAAAGCUAGAAUGGCCUUUCCCGAACUCCCUGCCAUCAGCCGAUGUCACUCCUAUGAAAUAGCCUGUAAAUAUACCUACAGAUGCACCCGCUGUUCCUACAGCAUUGGCCGUCACUCCAAGAGUCUCGACACGGACCGCAAAGUGUGUGGUUAUUGUUACGGUAAAUUUGAACUGGUUGUGAAUAGCCAGGCAGGCAGAGGUGGAGGCAGAUCGCAGGGGUCGGAAGGCGGAGUUGGAGGUGGUACACCCUCACAGGCACCCCCUAAGACCCCAAGAACGCCUGGGGCCUUUGCACUGUUCGUCAAGGAAAACUACGGCUCCAUCAAGAAGUCAAGGGAUAACUUAAAGCAUGCUGAUGUCAUGAAGAUCCUCAGUACAGAGUUUGCUAAAUUGAAGACCAGCGGUAAAUAGAAGCAGAUUAAAGUGGUUCUGGUGUUGCUAAAGUUAAUAUUCAACAUUAAGACAUUUUUCUUUAAAUUUUUAAGAUAUUUAUUGUAGAUUAUAUAUACAUAUACUAGAGAGUGAGACACUGAUAUUGUAAGUGCCACUUUAUUUUAUUCGGAUCCAUGAGCUAUUACAUGUUGAAGGUUUUAAAAAUGUGUUUUCACAAGUUUGUCAAAUACAUAUUAUUUUCCUUUCUACUUGUUUCUUCAACAUGGGAUUCAUAUUAUCUUUUAUUUUAAAACUUUUACAGUGUGUAUAGAGAAUACAUUUCAUAUUACACACUCAUUACAAUAUGUACCUGUUUAUAAAAAUACUAGGUGUCUGAUGUAAAGUAAAUUCAUAAAAUACCAAAUAUUCAUCUAAACAAGGCAGAUGUGAUGCUGGUUCAGUGGAUGACAGUUGAUUUAGUUUAUUAAGAGCAAUGACACUGCCCAUCAAAUGGGUGCCAAUGCCUUAUACUUUAUAUAUUUACUAUGUGUAAUACAAUACAUGUAUUUUUAGAAAGGUUUGGGUUUGUAGUAUUUACGUGAAAAAUGUUAUUUGUUUAUUCCAGUAUUUCACUAUUAUUUCUUUAGUCUGUCAGUGUCUUGUUUGUAAAAUGUUUUUUUCUAAGCAUUUCAAAAUAAAUUGUGCUCUUCCAUUAUACCAUUACAAGUUUCUCUUAUGUAUUGAUAGAUUUUGUAACAAGAUAGUGUCUGGAAGAAAGUUACUAAAAAUAUCAUAAUAUAUAAGAGAAGUCACAGGCCUAUCUAAGAAUUUUGGUGUUUACUGAAUGUUAAUACAAUCUCUGUUUCUAUGGUACAGGCCCAAGUUCUAUAGGGUAUUUAUAUAUGAAAAUAUAAAGUUACCUUCUCAGGUUUUAGUAUAAAAAUAUGCUAAGUAAGUAUUUAAAACUGUACUAUUUUUAUGCCAAAUACUGGGGUCUGCCUUAAAUAAAAACAAAAAAAGUUUAGAUGGAAUAUCUCUUUUAUAUUAUGGAUUCUGAAACAAUUUUUUUACUUAUAUUUUGUAAAUAAAUUUUAUUUAAU